AUGGAUGCUGCGGGAAGGGGCUGCCAUUUGCUGCCCCAGCCAGCGGCGCGCUGACCUGCCUAUUCUCCUGCAGUCGCUGCCGCCGGCCCUGGCCCCGGUGCUUGCAGCCACUCCAACCCAGUUCAGUCCGUGGUCCCUGGGUUCGCUGACAUGAACACUAGCUCAGGGAGUGGAGAGGAGAAAGGGGCUGCCGGCAGCAGCAGCAGCGGAAGCGGCGGCGGUGGCGGGAGCUGCUGCCGCGGAGCUGAGGGCGGUGUAUCGGACACGCGGAGCGCAGGAGCUGGAGCAGCAGCGGCGGCGGUGGCUGCUGCAGCAGCUGCCCUGGAGGAGCCUCAGGCAGCCGGUCUGAAGGAGAAGGACGAGGCUCUGGAGGAGAAGCUGAGAAACUUAACUUUCCGGAAGCAGGUCUCUUACAGGAAGGCAAUCUCUCGGUCAGGCCUCCAGCAUUUGGCUCCAGUGCAUUCCCUCAGCCUACCUAUUGCCAAUGGUCCAGCGAAGGAACCCAGAGCAACUCUAGACUGGAGUGAGAAUGCUGUGAAUGGAGAACACCUGUGGCUGGAGACCAAUGUCUCAGGAGACCUGUGUUACCUCGGGGAGGAAAACUGUCAAGUCAAGUUUGCAAAAUCAGCCCUCAGGAGGAAGUGUGCAGUCUGUAAAAUUGUGGUCCACACAGCCUGUAUGGAGCAGCUAGAAAAGAUUAAUUUCAGAUGCAAACCAACUUUCCGAGAAGGAGGCUCAAGAUCUCCAAGAGAAAAUUUUGUCCGUCAUCAUUGGGUACACAGACGGCGCCAGGAGGGAAAAUGUAAGCAGUGUGGUAAGGGAUUCCAGCAGAAAUUCUCCUUUCAUAGUAAAGAGAUUGUGGCCAUCAGCUGUUCCUGGUGUAAGCAGGCGUUUCACAACAAGGUUACCUGCUUCAUGAUGCAUCACAUUGAGGAGCCAUGUUCCCUGGGAGCUCAUGCUGCUGUCAUUGUCCCACCUACCUGGAUCAUUAAGGUGAAGAAACCUCAGAAUUCAUUAAAGGCUUCAAAUCGGAAGAAGAAGAGGACAAGCUUUAAAAGGAAAGCCAGCAAAAAAGGAACUGAACUGGAAAAUAAAGGCCGGCCAUUUGUGAUAAAACCCAUCUCCUCUCCACUCAUGAAACCACUGCUCAUAUUUGUGAAUCCCAAGAGUGGAGGCAACCAGGGGACCAAAAUUCUCCAGAUGUUCAUGUGGUAUCUGAAUCCACGACAGGUCUUUGAUCUUUCUCAGGAAGGGCCAAGAGAUGCUCUUGAGCUGUAUAGAAAAGUGCCGAAUCUUCGAAUCCUGGCCUGUGGUGGGGAUGGAACGGUCGGUUGGAUCCUUUCCAUCCUCGAUGAACUUCAGCUCAGCCCCCAGCCUCCUGUUGGGGUUCUUCCUCUGGGUACAGGGAAUGACCUGGCUCGAACUCUCAACUGGGGAGGGGGUUACACGGAUGAACCUGUUUCUAAGAUACUGUGCCAUGUGGAAGAUGGAACUAUUGUGCAGCUGGAUCGAUGGAAUCUGCAUGUAGAAAGAAACCCCGAUUUACCCCCUGAAGAACUUGAAGAUGGUGUAUGCAAGCUUCCCCUAAAUGUUUUCAAUAAUUACUUCAGCCUUGGAUUUGAUGCUCAUGUUACAUUGGAAUUCCAUGAAUCCCGAGAAGCAAAUCCAGAGAAAUUCAACAGUCGCUUUAGAAAUAAAAUGUUUUAUGCAGGGGCAGCCUUCUCUGACUUCCUGCAGAGAAGCUCCAGGGAUUUAUCCAAACAUGUCAAGGUUGUGUGCGAUGGAACAGACCUCACCCCAAAGAUUCAGGAGCUGAAGUUCCAAUGUAUAGUGUUUUUAAAUAUACCCAGGUAUUGUGCAGGCACAAUGCCUUGGGGAAAUCCAGGAGAUCACCUUGAUUUUGAACCUCAGCGCCAUGAUGAUGGCUAUAUUGAGGUUAUUGGAUUCACCAUGGCUUCUUUGGCUGCUCUGCAAGUUGGAGGCCAUGGAGAAAGGCUGCAUCAGUGCCGGGAGGUAAUGCUACUAACAUAUAAAUCCAUCCCCAUGCAAGUGGACGGAGAGCCCUGUAAGUUGGCCCCUGCUCUGAUUCGAAUAUCCCUGAGAAAUCAGGCCAACAUGGUGCAGAAGAGCAAGAGGAGAACAUCCAUGCCUUUACUUAAUGAUAUCCAUAAGGUGCAAACCACUGACCUGAGGAGAGUUUCUGCUCCCCCUGGCUCCUUCACCAUUCCCCACUCUGUCCCAGACCGCCUGCGGAUCCGAGUGAACAGAAUUAGUUUACAAGACUAUGAAGGCUUUCACUAUGACAAAGAAAAGCUCCGGGAAGCUUCUAUCCCUCUGGGUAUUCUAGUUGUUCGAGGAGACUGCGAUUUGGAAACUUGUCGUAUGUACAUUGACCGCCUACAGGAGGACCUGCAGUCAGUUCCUUCUACUACCCAGAGAGUUCAUUACCAGGAUCAGGAAACCUCUUUCCCCAGGGCUCUUUCAGCUCAGAGACUUUCCCCCAGGUGGUGCUUCCUAGAUGCUACUUCGGCUGAUCGCUUUUAUCGAAUAGACAGAGCUCAGGAACAUUUGCACUUUGUGAUGGAAAUUUCUCAAGAUGAGAUUUUUAUCCUGGAUCCAGAUAUGGUGGUAUCACAGCAAGCAGGGACGCCACCAGGGAUGCCUGAUCUGGUGGUUGAACAAGCUUCUGGGAUGUCAGAUUGGUGGAACCCUGCACUCCGAAAACGCAUGCUGAGCGACAGUGGGCUGGGAAAGAUGUCACCACACUUUGAUGUCUCUGAGAAGAAAGACUUCAGUCACUCACACAUGCUGCCGUCACCAGUAUCUUCAGAAGAUCAAGCACUUGUGCAGGCAGUCAUAGCUGGUGAUCUGAUGAAGGUAAGAAAUUCUUCUAAGAACUAUAAAUCAAUACCAUCCCUCACCUCAACCCAUUUCUUUGCCAAGAAAACUGCAAAUGGAGAAUUCCUCCCACACCUACUAGGUCACAGUCCUUCUGAGUUGCUGGAUAUGACAGACAGUGAAACGGGAGAGACAGCAUUGCAUAAGGCUGCUUGCCAGCGGAACCGGGCUGUCUGCCAACUCCUGGUGGAUGCAGGGGCAUCUCUGAGAAAGACGGAUUCCAAGGGCAAGACCCCUCAAGACAGAGCCCAGCAGGCUGGGGACCCAGAUCUGGCUUCCUACCUAGAGAGUCGUCAGAGUUACAAGAUCCUUACCCAUGAAGACCUAGAGACUGCAGUUUGA